AUGGGAGAGGAAGAAACGGAACAGGGACAAGACGGUCGUCUGGGGCUGCCGCCACAGGACAUACACCGUGUGGCUGCUUGUCUCGUAGCACCUUUUCUUUUGCCGAAUCGCUCUCCCUCGCUUCCCUUGCCUCUUCCCCCGCCGGCCUUUCUGCGCGACCGAGAACCCGCGCGCAAACGGGACGAAGAGGAACAGAGCGAAACCUCCGAUGCCGCCCCACUCGCGGCUGCCUCAGCGCCCGAUAAGAGAGAAGCAGAAGACCUGUCGUCAGCGGCACGAAACAACCUAGACCGGUCCUCGGCGGGUCUUUCCCACCAGUCGCGUUCGGAAGGGGCUUCGCCUGCCUCUUUGUCGUCUCCGUUCCUCUCGUCGGCCGCCGACUCGUCUUCGGUCUUCUUCGAGCGACGAUCUGUCCCUCCGCUGCUACCUCGGCGCGGGACACCCCACCUACGGAGUGGCGGCGACAGAGCCCACGAGAGCGAGCACAGGAAGGGAUUCGCCGGCCAGGGCCUCCUUUCCUCCGUAAACCUGCCGGUCGAUUUGAAGCGACUUCCCCGUCAUCUGCUCCCGCGUCUCUGCGAGGAAAUCCGACAAGAGAUUUUGCGGGUGGUUUCGCAACUCGGUGGACACCUCGCGUCUUCUCUCGGAAUGGUGGAGGUGAUUGUGGCUUUACUGCGCGUCCUCGACGUCCCCUCCGACCGUCUCGUGUACGACGUGUCCCAUCAGGCCUACCCUCACAAGAUUCUCACCGGACGCCGCCAUCUUCUGGGGACGCUGAGGCAAUUCGGAGGCCUCUCGGGCUUCUGCAAGAGAGCAGAGUCCAUCUAUGAUCCUUUUGGCGCAGGACAUUCGUCCACGUCCAUCAGCGGCGUCCAGGGCAUGGCCGUCGCGCGUGAACUUCUCGGCCAGUUUAAGAGGGGCGGUAUGCCCCUCCACGUCGCUGUGAUUGGAGAUGGAGGCUUGACGGGGGGCAUGGCGUACGAGGCUCUAAAUGCAUGCGGAUAUUUGAAAUCGAAAGUUCUGGUUGUCCUCAAUGAUAACCAGCAAGUUUCGCUCCCGACCGGGGUGGCGUCAGCAGGUGGAACCGCACCUGCGGGCGCUGUCUCGCGCCACACGCAACAGCUGCUGCAAUUGCGAGACUUCUUGUCUCUGAAGAGCUUUUCCCGGACGCGCCCGCACAUGAAUUUUCUCUCCUCUAACGUGCGGAGGCUCUCGUCUCUGCUCCAGCUGUUCGAUCCCAGAAAGGCGCCGUAUUGCUGCCAACAAGAGGAAGAAGGAAGCGCAGUCGAGGGGACGCGAAGAACAGGCGGCGAGCGCGGGAACACGAGAGAAAGAGAGGGAAAACCACUCCGCGAGAGUGAUAUGGCACGAGACCUAGACGAAGACGAACAGGAAAGUGACCAGCCCAAGGCGCACGUCGAAGCAUCCUUCUUCGAGGCCUUGGGGUUCGACUAUCUCGGGCCUGUGGAUGGUCACGACGUAGAGAACCUCGUCGCGGUUCUCUCCGCAAUAAAACAAGCCGGCCUGAAAGGGCCGACUAUCUUGCACGUGAAGACCGAGAAAGGCCACGGCUAUCCUCCUGCUUUGGCGGCGGCGGAUCGUCUCCACGGGGUCUCUGCUGGUUUCUCGGACCACCUGGACAGACCCGGGGUCAAACGCGAGGGCGCUGAAACGCAGGCGUCUUCUGUUUCUUUGGCCUCCUCCGAUUCGUCUCCUGGGGCAGCUUCGUCUUCGGCGCCGUCAGCUUCUGUCGCGUCUCCAGCGCCAGCUUCCCACGCGAAGCGAACCAGCAGCCCUUGUGAAGCCCCAUCGACGCAGAAAAAACUGGACUCGCCACCCAAAAAGAAUCCGUUCUUGACUUCCAUAGCAGCCCGCGCACUGCUGCGCAUUGCCGAGGACGAUCGAAACGUCGUAGGCAUCACAGCGGCGAUGCCUGGAGGAACGGGGUUGCAUGUGCUGGGCUCUCGGUUCCCAGAACGAAUGUUCGAUGUCGGAAUCGCCGAGCAGCAUGCAGUCACCUUUGCCGCCGGAAUGGCCGCUGAAGGCCUCAAGCCUUUCUGUGCCAUUUACAGUACCUUUCUCCAGAGGGCGUACGACCAGAUCAUCCACGAUGUGGCGCUGCAAAACCUCCCAGUUAGGUUCAUGAUUGAUCGCGCCGGUUACGUCGGUCCCGAUGGCAGCACGCACCAAGGAAGUUUCGAUCUCGCGUAUCUAGGAUGUAUUCCGAACUUGGUCAUCAUGGCCCCCAGCGACGAACUGGAGCUGCUUCGUAUGAUCGAGACUGCGUAUCGGUAUGAUGAUGGGCCUUCCGCGGUGCGUUACGGCCGCGCUCCGGCCUACGGUGUAGCGACUCUCAACAGCUGUCUCGGUCACUCCGUUGAGGGGGAGCUACCGGAGCGCGGCGAAGCACUAGAAAUCGGCAGAGGGCGCAUCGUGAGAGAAGCAAACCCGGCAGCCAGACGCAAAGUGGCGAUACUUUCUCUCGGCACUCGCCUUCUUGACGCUGUUCGCGCGGCUGAUAUUCUUGAGAAAGGUGUUUCUUCUCUCUCCGAAUCGCCUCUUCCGUCUCACGCUUUGGCGCGGAAGGCCACGGCGGCAUCUGGCGGCAGUUUUCUCUCUGCAACGGAAGACAACCAUGACAAGGCAGACUGCGACGGCAAACGCAGUAGCGAACGCGGUUCUGGAGAGCAUGUCGCCGCGCAAAGAGAAGUCGGAGUCACCGUCGCAGAUGCAAGGUUCCUCGCCCCGCUGGAUCGCAACCUGCUUCGUUCCCUCGCGAAAAACCACGAGAUGCUUCUCAUUGUCGAGGAAGGAUCCAUCGGAGGCUUUGGCUCGCAAGUUUUACAGGUCCUCUCCGAUGACGGACUUCUCGAUUCUGGCCAACUCAAAGUGCGAUCACUGACGAUGCCCCACCGGUUCAUGGAAGCUGGGACGCCGCAGCAGCAGUACGAGGACGCCGGGCUAACUGCCAACCAUUUCGUGCAAGUUGUGCGUUCUGUUCUGCCUCCUUUAUCGUCUUCAUCUCCCUCAUCUGGCCUUUCUGCUUCGACCUCUUGA